AUGGCUGCUCCAGUCGUACCCAGCAGCUUCCAAAUUUACGACUCAUACGUCGAAGAUCCCAAAUGGCAAAUUAAAUUCACCAUAAUCUGGUGCUCUGGCGUAGCGCUAGCUGUGGCUGUCUCUGUUCCGAGUUUGAUUCUGGGGUUGAGGCAUGGGCGUUCCCUUAAGGGAAUCGCUGGAAUCUCAGAGACCAAUGGAUAUCAGUCUGCCUAUUCCGAUGACAAGGAGCCGCCGCCUAGCCGUCGAAGAGGUCGCAGAUUGGUUGGAGCUUGGAAUGCUCUUAUCUCGCCAACGCACUGGUCUCCUCCGAAGCUUGAACUCAAUCUUGGACAAAUCGUAGUCAUAUUGGCGUAUCUCGCAGCUGUACUUGUAUGCAUCAUAAAGGAUGCACCUCUUAUUUCGAAUCCGAACAGAGCUGGUGAGUCAGAUUUCUCGCCUCUCGCACAGUUCCCUGUUGUCUUUUUGUUCGCAACAAAAAAUUCAAUUCUGUCCUUACUUUUAGGACCAGGGAAUGGAUACGAAAAACUCAAUUUUAUGCAUAGAAUGGCGGGAAGAGCCAUGUUUCUUGCUGGAUGCAUUCAUGGGUCCCUAUGGAUUCGCAACCACCUACAGUAUGGAAUUCAGAUUCUUGGUCCACAGAAAGAGACUUCUGGAGUUGCCUCGUUAGCGCUCCUCUGCAUCAUUGUCCUUACGUCGUUGAGGCCGGUCAGGAGACUGUUUUAUGAGUAUUUCUUUGUCAUCCACGUUUUAACAUACGUGGCAUUCUUUGUCACCAUAUGCUACCAUACAUUAUAUGCAUCGCCGUGGAUAUUCCCUCCCCUUGCAUUUUAUGGUGCAGAUGUGUUAUUGCGCCUAUUCCGCUAUCGAAUCAAGGAUGCCACACUUACUGCGCAGGACGCUCACAUGACUCUGAUCCGCGUUCAUAAUUGCGACGAUGGCUGGCUUGCUGGCCAACAUGUCAGACUGCGCGUUUUCUUCUCUAACAGAGUGUUCGAAUCCCAUGCCCUCACUAUUCUCUCGGCUACACCUUCCCAUUCAUGCCUCUCCUCGCCUGGAUUCCUUCUCGCUGCACGAAAUGAUGGAGACUGGACGCGGGCAUUGAAUAAUUAUACCCGAAAGGAGCAAGAACGUUUACAAAUUAAUAAGUCUGAGGGCGACUCAGCUGCUUUCGUGCAAGUCAUGCUGGAUGGUCCUUACGGAGGAUCAAGUGUCGAUCUGGGUCUACACGAAAGCGUGUUGCUUAUAGCCGGCGGGUCUGGCGUCACAUUCACUCUUGGUCUGUUGGACGAUAUCAUCGGUAGGUGUGUCAAACUAGGCCGCAGUCAAGGGGAACGAACAAGGAGAAUCGAAUUCACUUGGUGUAUUAGAUCUUUCGGUCAGAUAGAAUGGUUUGCCCCGAUGCUGAUGGAUAUUGCCACGGCGGCGUCAAAUAGCACCAUUGACCUGCACAUUUCUAUUUUCGUAACGUGCCUUUGUGAUUUAGAAGCGGUACCUCAUAUCCCUAACUCCAUCGUCACACUCUCGCGUCCGUCUGUUCAGGAUCUUCUCAAGGACUUCAUCAGCCCUUCGCCAUCAUCUGAUAGGGAAGAUUCGGUCGAGAUCCGAUUUGAUGAAAGCCAGAAAUUACACGCGUCGGGUGGGGGAGUCGUGGUCUGUGCUAGCGGCCCAGAGAGCUUGACUAGAGAGGCCCAGAAUGCAGUCGCGAGAUUGGGUUUGACAAUGAACAUGGAUGUGGGCGGGAUUGCUCUACAUACAGAGCUGUUUACUUUGUAA